GUCAUCGCGAGGAGGACAACCGUUGUGGCGAUCGAUGGAACUCUAUUACCUGCCGUGUUCUGCGCCAUGCCGAGCCGUCCAAAUGACGGCCGCAGCCCUCGGAAUCGAGCUGGUGCUGCACGAGCUGUCCAUCAUGAACGGGGAACACCGGAGGCCGGAUUUCCUGAAGAUCAGCCCGCAGCAUAGCAUUUCUACGCUGAAGGAUCGGGACCUGGUGCUGUGGGAGAGCCGAGCGAUUCAGAUCUAUCUGGUGGAUCGAUAUGGCAGCAGUGGCAAAGCGGGAAUCGGGGACCAGCUGUACCCUAGCGAUCCGGUUCGACGGGCUAAGGUCAACGAACGGAUGUUCUUCGAUGCGUGCAUUCUCUAUCACAGAUUUGUUGAGUAUUACCAUGAGCAGGUGUUCGGCGGCUUGGCGGGAAAGAACGACAAGUUAGUAGAGCUGGAGGAGGCCGUUAAAAUGCUCGAUAUGUUCCUGGACGGGCAACCGUACGUGGUGACCGGGGAGGCCAUGACCAUUGUAGAUCUGAACAUCCUGGCAACGGUUGCUACGAUGAGUGCACUGGGAUUCGAUCUGACGCGUUAUCAAAACGUGAACGAGUGGUACAAACACAUGAAAGAUGUGGGAGCAAACUGAACGAGGCGGGCGCAAAGGCUUUCGGAGAGUAUCGCUAGAGACAAGACGCCGGACGCUUCAUUUGUGUGUGUCAGUGUUUGUUUACAUUAGAUUUAAUUAAAAUUGUCAUAUUUACAGUUUGCUUAUCUUUGUUUCUGGUUGCUUUGAUUGCACUUCGAAGGCACUUUUUGCACGUACAUACAAAAACACGCGAGCGGAACACGAACAUUCACCGAGCACUCUCAAUCCGAACUGUCU